UGCUAGGUUUAUCAUUUUUACUCGACGAAAUAUUAAUGCGAAUAUUAUCUUUUUAAGUAUUUGCUUUUAGAUAUUUAACAUUUUAAUUGAAGCACGGUUUUAUUACCAUAAGACCAGCCAAAAAAUCACUUUACAUUACUUAAUACAAAAUAAAAUUUGUAUUUUGUCAAAUACCGCUUGGACAUCGUCAACCGUCCGUUCAUCUCUUUAUUUACCCGUUUCUUGUAUUCUGUUCGUAUGUCUUUACUAUUUGCACUUUGUCAAUUCUUCUUCAUUCAAUUUUAGGAAAAUUCUUCUACAAGUCUUACAAGUCUUUACAAUAACAGAAAAUUUGAAAUUUUUUAAUAGCAACUUGCGCAACUGAAUUACUAUGCAAAAAGUUGCUUUCUCUUCUAACCAAGGCAACGCAAUAAUGAACACACUGUAUAUACAUUAUGAUUUACGUAAAUCCAAGUGUAAGCGUAUUAAAAAGCGUCUUGUAUGGGCGUAUCAAAAACACUGUCUGCCAAACCGUCUAGAAACGCACCUAAAUUUUAUACAGGUGUCUGAUAAGUCAAGGCAUUUCUUGAAAUCGUAUAGUUUCAAACCUACAGGGUGUGAAAGUUGUAGUAAUACAGUUUACAAUUUAGCCAUAUUUGAAUAGAUUUUCUUACUACAACUUUAAUCAUCACAAUCAAUUCAAAUUAAUUUCGAUGAACACCUUUUCUAUCCAAUUUUGCAUUUUCGGGUAGGUUAAAAAAAAAUCAAAGACCUUUAUUCCGUGUUGAUUGUUCGGCUACCAGCAAGCACUCGUCAUUGUGGCCAAUAUUUUCCAUUGGCUUUUGUUUCAUGCUUUACCGACACGGCGAAUUUCACUCACCCAGAAAGAAAUGAUCGGUUCUUUCAUUGAAGCCGAUGGGAAAACGGCAACCGCACCAUCAGAUUUUCCCCACCCCUGGAAAAUCUUUCGCAUCUUGAAAUCGCUCCGCGAAUUGUCAGUCGGAUGAUGCCCUUUGCACUGUUUUCCAUCCUGGAUCCGGUUUCCGUUUUCCCACAAUCUACGCGAAAUUCGCAUCUCUGAAAUUUGCCUCAAAGUUAGUGGUCGUGUCAAGUGUGUUGUGGGAUUCACAUUUCUAACCGAAUUAUCAACUGAAGUCCCCAGCUAGUGCAGUGACUUGUGUGAGGUGAGCUCAGCUAUGUGGACUCUAUAAAGUGCGACAUCUUAACUCGUCGAAAAUGCCUCUUUCAUCCCUAUCCACAUCCAAGCUUGAAGCCUAGAAAAAAAUCCCAAUGCUUCCAGCUCUAGGCACGAAUCCAAUCGGCAUUAACAUAGAAGCCAGUAUUGGUGCUCGAAAUAUCGUGCCUAAUAGAUCAUCUCCAAUAUGUGUGGUGACUUGUGAUCAGAUCUUCGAUGUUUUGUUGUUUUUCACUAGAGUCUGGGGAGUGCUGACGGCAAUAGUUUUAGCUGGAGUUGGAGUAGACUUCAUUUACCAUGGACGAUAUCCAGGAUAUUGGCUGAUUGCAUAUGCAGUAACGAUAUUUUUUCUGGAGACUUUGUGUGUGCUGACGCUGUUCCUAAAGCUGACAGUAAGGGUUGACCAUAAGUUAUGGCAAAUAUGGAGAUAUUGCACAUUAAUCGACGAUUGGAAGAAAUCCCCUCUAUAUAUCUUCAUGGGCUUGACGACUAUGUACAAACCAUACAAAUUAUGGCUUGUUUAUGCAGGCGGAGCGGCAGCAAUUUUUUUGGGCCUGUUGCAUCUGGGAUUGUCCAUUUUUCACAAACUUUUAAAGAGGAGAAUGAAAAAAAAGGAACACCGAUCGGGCCAAAGCGAUUUGGAUAGCUUAGAGAGUAGGUUUGAAGAAGUCACAGACGUUUUAGAUGAUUGUAUACCAGAACCCAUGCCUGGAAGCAGCGUGUCGCUUUCUGAUAGUCUGCAUCCAGAUAACGAUUCUUCAAUUCUUGAAAUAUGACCAGAAGUACAUGAUGCUCCAGAUUUAUUUAGGCACAUCAUAGACUGUACGCAUUGGGAGUCUGAAGUCAAAAAUGACGACUUGAUCAUAACUUUGUAAAAUAUUUUAAAUAAGUGUCAUAAACGUAUUUAGGAUAAUUUAAUUUAGGAUAAUUAGGAAAUAAAUUUAAUUUAGGAUAAUGCCUACUUUAAGCGAUUAGGGCUGUUCCUCAUUUAGUGACAAGCUCUGGAAAGUUAGGAAGUAAAAURGUAAAAAAUGCAUUAAUUUUAAAAUAUAAAACACUAAAAUACCAAAAGUUCACUUUUGAACUACAGAAUUCUGAUUUUGCAAUAAAAUCUGUAACUAAAAUAUGACGCUUGUGAGUUUAAGAUUGCUUCUAAAAAGUAAAUCGUUAAUUUGCAGCUUUCGAUCAUUUAGCUUAUGAUUUUCACAAACAGAAAAAAGUGAAAAAUUUGCCUAUUUGCAAUUAAAAUUAAAGGUGAAAAUUGCCUAUUUCUUAAAAUAGUUACUACCUAAAAAUUAGUUAUUAGACAUGGAAACUAUUUUACUACGUUGUUUUGUAUUUUCGUCUAAAUAGUCACUUAAAUAUUUCGAUAUUGUAUUUUUAUUUUACCGACUUGAACUUCAGUUAUUUGAAAAAAUCAAAAAAUUUAAAAAAAGUUUAAUCACAAAAGUCGUAGCAGAAGCGUAACUCGUGCUUUCCCAACUGUAUUACUAGUACUAUAAAAAAAUUAAAAUCGCUUUGCAAAAUAUUGCUGUAUUUUAAAUCUGUUUCAAAUACAGCAUUGAAAACAGGAAUUCGUAUGUUUUGCUAAUUUUAUUUUUAAUUUUUAUUAGGGCUUCUACUGUUGCAAAAUUUGUAUUUCUUGACAUACGUAGCAAGCAAAAAAACAAGUUAGUGUGAUAACUUCGCUACUAACAAACAUUAAUAAAUUAAUUAGAACAAUUAAUGUACAAAGCCAGCUAAUUUGUUUUCUUUAUUGAUAUAUUGAACUAUAAAAAAUGUGUAAAAGUGUUUUAACAUUAUUAGCAAAUAAACGGGUGUUUUACUUUCAAUGCAAACACACAAGCAUGUAGGUAAUAAAACAAUAUUUUUUUACUAAAAAACAUAAUUUUUUUAUUAACUUAACUAAUUUAUUCUUGCUAAUAUUCUUAACUAAUUAGUUCCAUCGACUUGCUUUUCUAAGAAAUAUGACUUCUUCUAUUUUAAACGAAUGAAAAUUCUAAUAAAGAAGUCACAGCAGAUCAAGGACGCAAAAUAAAACCCUGAGUCGACUUUACACUGAAAGUAUAAUAGUACGUAUAGUUCAUUUUCUUGAUAUUCAGAAAAUGUUCUCUGAAGAAUGCUCCUUUUUCUGAAUAAUAAAAUGUGCCCCGACAUGAAGGUGGCAUUUUUGAUGCAACGGAAUAGCUAGAUUCCACUUGCCUUGUUCCACCAUUGCUUUAUUUUCAUCAAAUAUUCGAAGAAUUUCAGAGUUUUCGACUACAUUUUGUGGCAUGUUCUCUCGCUCAUUUUAGUUUGAAUUUAAAGUUUAUUUAGAAACUACUAAGCAUAGACAAUGUUUAAAACAUAAAACUCAUAUAUUACUUGCAAUGCAUAUUUAAGUUUUCCGCAUGAAAAUUACUCGCUUUUCUAUCUCAUUCAUGUUUAAUAUACUUUCCAGCCCUUACGGAAAUAUGACCAACAGUCCUGUAUAAUGUAUUGCCAGUUUAAGGAGAUUUGUACGAGAUUGACUUGAAUAAAUCCUGGCAUAAUAUUAUAAGUGUUCUCAUCUGCUGCAAUAUCUAAAUGGAACUUGUAAGUGGCAGUAGAGAAAUGGAUUAAAACAGAUAAAUUAUUAUUUUAGAAAAUAACGCGUAGUAUUGCUCCCUCCAUAGGUAAUAGAUGUGCUUUGAGGAUAUUUCGAAAUGAUUCUGAUUUUUAUAAGCUUUCAUGGUAUUGAUUAUCAUUAGAUAUAAGGAGAUUUUUUGUUAAACGUUCCCAAGUUUAAAUAUUUUAACACGUUAAGUUGCUUAAAAAGUUACUCAAUAUAUCAAACUUUUACACCGAUUUAGAUGAUUUCAAUAAGUGGCCAACAUUUAGCUGCCUCAUAUACUUUAAAAUUGCUUAUUUUUCAAAGCAUGAAUGCUUGCAAGUUUCCAAAAAUCAGUGUUCAAAUACGAAAAAUGUACUUUAUCAAUGAAAAUACUUUAUACGGUUCCUCGUCUUGUACAGAGUAAUUGCUUGCUAAUUAAAUUAUUCAUGUUUGUAAGAAGCUGUGAAUAUUCGAAACUCGACUUUUAUGCAUCCACAUCUGCUUUGCUCAAUUUUGGAUGAUAUAAAAACGUUUUAUACUAUGCCGUAGAAUUUUAGUAUAAAGUAUAGUAAACAGCUCUUGAGAAUGUUUGAUUGCCAAACUUUGUGGGUACUUAGUUUAUCAAUAUUCCCAGUAAAUGACUCAUUAAAUAUUAAAUUGAUCAUUCUAGUUUAAUUACUCGAACAUGAAUGAAUACAUUCAAUGUACAUUUGAUGAUUUCUGCAUGAUUAUGCAGAACCAUGUGCAUGUCCAAAAGUUAAUUUUUAAUGUUCUUUGUUGCUAGUAUAAUUUAUAGUCUAUAAACUAUUUCCAAGCUGUAUCAGCCAAUAUGUAUGUUGUUAUUUCGA